AUGUACUUACCUGGGCUUCUGCUGCUAAUGCUGCUGUUACCACCCCUGUCUCUCCAAGAUUCACACCAGUCAGAGAGCAAGAUUGCCAUGGGGGAAAAGAUCCUUCCUGCCCUGGAGAAAGCUACCUCCUAUUUGGAGAACAGAUAUAGGGAAUUUAAUCUGGAUUCAUUGGUGGGAUUUUUGAUGCUAAAAGUCAUCAAAUUGUCGUGUUCUUUCAUAGUACAGCUAAAAGGUGUCUUGGAAAAAUGGGCCCAUGAUUCUGACCUGAAAUUCCUGACCUUGAGUGUUGAGGAGAUACUAAAACGACUGUCAGUAAUCAUCCCUAGAACCAAAGUUUUCCUCAAAAUUGUCAACUUAAAAUACUUAGAAGAAUUCCAAGAGACUCUACAGCCAGAGUUUUGGAAGCUCCCUCUUUCAUGGAGUCACACAAAUCCCUCCAUGAUUUACUCCAAGCUUGACACGGCACAUCCUUUUCUAGAAGAAUCAAGUGAUUCUUGCAUGACACUGUUACUAGGAACCAAGGAGAAGAAUGAACAGUCCUGCAAAGUCACUGACUUCUGCAAAGGAAUAAUGACUGCACCUGGAAAAAGUGGUGAAGAACUGGUAAAACAGCUUUUCUACUUCCUAAUAGCUAAAAUGAAAGGAUGCUCAGGUGAUAUGUUCCUCAAAUCAAAAUAUUACAUGGACAUCUUUUGUGCUAACAUGAUGGAAUUGAACUUGAAAAGAGAAAAAAAUGGAUUCUCAUUCCAGAAUAAAGGUCUCUUCAUGACAAAUAUCAUGCUCUGUGGAUUUUCUGGGUAUUCAGACUUCUACAAGAUCCACUGGAUUAACACUAUUCUCAAUUGGCAGAAUUCUAAGGAAGGAUGCUACUGGAAAAUUUUUGUCAUUGGAAACCAGCCAUUAAUGAGAAAUAAUCACCUUGAAGGUAAAAUUGUUGAAAACAAAUAAUAUAUAUAUUUCCAGUACAUGAAGACAAUCAGUCAAAUACUAUCUUUCCUCUCCUCAUACACAUACAUAUAUCAUGUUUCACUAUGAAAACCACAAAUAACUUGUCAGUUAUAUAUUGCAUUUAUUCUUCCGAAAAUAUAUAUUUAGAUAGACCUCAUUUCAGGAGAAAAUUGGAGGGGAGACCAUCUUCAUCAGUCAGGCAGUCCAGAAAAUUUUAGAAGGAAAAACUUGGAGAUGAAAAAGUGGCAAAGAUAAGAAUAGUUGUGAUAUCACGAGACUAAUCUAAAUAACUUGCUGCAAUUUUUUAUUUCAUUAACAAUUUGAUGCCAUGAUUUUUUUUUCUUUUCUCAGCAAUUAAUUUUUAGGUUUUAGAUUUAAGCAAAGACCAAGAUAGAGCCCUGUUUGUUUGUCUUAGUAUUUCUAUAAGAAAGACAAUUGCUUUUAGUGGCCAAAAUAGCUAAAAAGUAAACUAAAUCUAGAUUUUUAAAAGACUUCAGUUCUUGUUGGACAUCUAGUCAGCCUUUUAUCAAAGAAUUUCUGCUUUAAUAUACCUGACAAAUGGUCAUCUAACUUGUGCUUUAAAGAUUCCCAAGUUGGGGCAAUCUACUAGCUUGUGAGGAAACCCUUUCUACUCUUCAACAACUCAAAUUGUUAGGGAGUUUUUCAUGACAUCAAGUCCACAUUUGCCUCUUUAGAGCUUCCAUGAACUGCUCCUGGCUUUUACUUCCUGCAUAUCAAAUAGAUAUGACAGAUAUCAUAUCCUCCAUCCCAAUUCUUCUUUUCUUUAGGCUAAACGCGCUUAGUUCCUUAAACCUAGCCUUAUAUCUCACCGAGUUAGGCCCUUCACCAUCCUGGUUGGGCUUCUCUAGAUAAUCUCUACUUAAUUGAUGUCCUUCAUAAAAGCUGGUACUCAGAAUUGAAUACCCUGUUCCACUGAGGUCUGAAAAUGGAUCCAAUGGGAUUCUCAUUUCCAUAGUUCAACAAGAUCUGCCCCUCCUAAUGCUGCCCAAGAUUGCAUUAGUUUUUUGGGCUGCCACAUCCUCCUUCUGACUCAGAUUGAGCUCGUCGUCCACUAAAACCUCCAAAUCAUUUCCAGAAUAACUGCUCUUUAACCACUCUGUUCUCAAAUGAUAUUUGUUAAAUUUGAUUUUUUUGGGAACCCAAGUGUAAGACUUUAUGUUUGUUCUUACUGAAUUUUAUAUUAGAUUUAGUUCAAAACUAGUCUGUCAAGAAUCUUUUGGAUCUCAACUCUACCAUCCAUUUCACUUUGGUGUCAUCUAUAAAGAUGGUAAAUAUAGUCUCUAUUCCUUUAUUGAAGUAAUUAAUAGAAAUAUUAAACAGCAUAGGCUCAACCACAGAUUUCUAUAGUACUGCAUUAGAGACCUUCUGCUAUGGUGACACUAAACCAAGGAUGUUCUGGUAAAUGUUUAAUAAUCAUUUUUUUAGGGAAAAAAUGUAUUC